GCAGGCGGCCGAGGGGUAGCUCCCGAGCGAGGGUCCUGAGCCGGACCCCGCAGCCCGCGCUCGCGAUCCGCCUCUGCUUCGGUCGGGAAGGCGCGUGCGCUCGGGCUCCGACCGGGCCCCGGCGGGCGCGCAUCGAGGCCAGGAGGGGGUUAACGCUAACCCCUCCCCUCUGGCUGACAUCACGGGCGAGCGGGUGAGAGGCUGGAGCUCGGCGAGUGAGAGAAAGAGAGCGAGAGCAGCGAGCGCGGCUCCACAUUGUUGCGGAUCGCCGGCACCCGGCAGAGCGGCGGCGGCUGGGACGCGCGGCGCCUCCGACCCGUUCUCCUCGCGCCCGGCCGCGCAGCCAGAGCCACCCGGGCCGCCGACCACCGAGCCCCGCGCCCGCCGCCUGGGCCCCGAGCCUUCCGCGCCGCCCGGGUGCGUCCCGCCACCCUCGGAGGACGGCCGGCCAUGGACGCCUGCAAGUUGGAGCCGAGCGGGAGGGUGUGAGCGCGCCGGGGCCAGGAGCCCGCGCCGCGCAACCGGGCAGCCGGGCGAGCCGGGGGUGGGUCCCUCUCCCCAGCCCCGCUCUGCGUGGAAGAAGAGGGCGGGGACCGGCGCCGGGAGGAGAGCGGAGGAGGCGAAGGGGCAUGACUCGUGCAACUUGCGGCGGGCAUCUGCCGAGCCUCUGAGCCGGCGGCGGCCCGGGGCCCGGACUGCGGCCGCGCGGAUCCCACCCAGCCCACCCCGCCCCGGCCGACGGCUGCAGCUGACCUGGAUCCUUCGAGCGCCCGCCGACCGCCAGCGAUCUUCCCUCAUCUUCCGGGCUGGUUUCUGCUGCGCGAGGAGCGCUGCCCUCGCCGCCCCUCUCGCCGGCCCCCCGGCCCCCGAUGGCUCGGAUGGGGCUUGCGGGCGCCGCUGGACGCUGGUGGGGACUCGCUCUCGGCUUGACCGCAUUCUUCCUCCCAGGCGCCCACUCCCAGGUGGUCCAGGUGAACGACUCCAUGUAUGGCUUCAUCGGCACAGACGUGGUUCUGCACUGCAGCUUUGCCAACCCGCUUCCCAGCGUGAAGAUCACCCAGGUCACAUGGCAGAAGUCCACCAAUGGCUCCAAGCAGAACGUGGCCAUCUACAACCCAUCCAUGGGCGUGUCCGUGCUGGCUCCCUACCGUGAGCGUGUGGAAUUCCUGCGGCCCUCCUUCACCGAUGGCACUAUCCGCCUCUCCCGCCUGGAGCUGGAGGAUGAGGGUGUCUACAUCUGCGAGUUUGCUACCUUCCCUACGGGCAAUCGAGAAAGCCAGCUCAAUCUCACGGUGAUGGCCAAACCCACCAAUUGGAUAGAGGGUACCCAGGCAGUGCUUCGAGCCAAGAAGGGGCAGGAUGACAAGGUCCUGGUGGCCACCUGCACCUCAGCCAAUGGGAAGCCUCCCAGUGUGGUAUCCUGGGAAACUCGGUUAAAAGGUGAGGCAGAGUACCAGGAGAUCCGGAACCCCAAUGGCACAGUGACGGUCAUCAGCCGCUACCGCCUGGUGCCCAGCAGGGAAGCCCAUCAGCAGUCCUUGGCCUGCAUCGUCAACUACCACAUGGACCGCUUCAAGGAAAGCCUCACUCUCAACGUGCAGUAUGAGCCUGAGGUAACCAUUGAGGGGUUUGAUGGCAACUGGUACCUGCAGCGGAUGGAUGUGAAGCUCACCUGCAAAGCUGAUGCUAACCCCCCAGCCACUGAGUACCACUGGACCACGCUGAAUGGCUCUCUCCCCAAGGGUGUGGAGGCCCAGAACAGAACCCUCUUCUUCAAGGGACCCAUCAACUACAGCCUGGCAGGGACCUACAUCUGUGAGGCCACCAACCCCAUCGGCACACGCUCAGGCCAGGUGGAGGUCAAUAUCACAGAAUUCCCCUACACCCCGUCUCCUCCCGAACAUGGGCGGCGCGCCGGGCCGGUGCCCACGGCCAUCAUUGGGGGCGUGGCGGGGAGCAUCCUGCUGGUGUUGAUUGUGGUCGGCGGGAUCGUGGUCGCCCUGCGUCGGCGCCGGCACACCUUCAAGGGUGACUACAGCACCAAGAAGCACGUGUAUGGCAACGGCUACAGCAAGGCAGGCAUCCCCCAGCACCACCCACCAAUGGCGCAGAACCUGCAGUACCCUGACGACUCAGACGACGAGAAGAAGGCCGGCCCACUGGGUGGAAGCAGCUGUGAGGAGGAGGAGGAGGAGGAGGGCGGUGGAGGGGGCGAGCGCAAGGUGGGCGGCCCCCACCCCAAAUAUGACGAGGACGCCAAGCGGCCCUACUUCACCGUGGAUGAGGCCGAGGCCCGUCAGGACGGCUACGGGGACCGGACUCUGGGCUACCAGUACGACCCUGAGCAGCUGGACUUGGCUGAGAACAUGGUUUCUCAGAACGACGGGUCUUUCAUUUCCAAGAAGGAGUGGUACGUGUAGCCCCCCUUCCAGAGCCUCUGUCUGUAACCGCUCCUCCCCAGCCCCUCCCCGCACGCCCCCUGCCCGCCCCCCACCUCCCACUCCAGGAGCUGAACAGAGACUUGCCCAGCUGCCCAAAGCCAGCCCCGAACUCCUGGGGGGCCAGGGGAGCCCAGGGCAGCCACGACUUGGCUUUGUGUUUUAUUUCCUCCCUCUCCUCCGCCCUUCCCCAUGGUGUUGUGUUCGACUGUGGCUUUAGUGUUACUGUAUCUUCCCUUUACGGGCCCCACCUGCCUGCCCUCUGUGUAGGGAGCCCUGUUCUCGUCUUGUGUACCUGGGCAUCCCUCCAGGGUUUGGGGAGCCAGCCUCCCCCGCCCCCCAACACUGGAAUUUGUUUGUGUUUCUUCACUGGGGGUGGAGGGCUCAAGGAGCUCUAAGAGGGAAAAGCUCCCCACACCCCCAGAUGCUGCUCCUCCUCCCGGCUAGAGGGAACCCAACACCCACCAGUGAAAGCUGAUGCAGUUGGGACCUUGGGUCUAGACAGCCGGUGCGCCCAAGAGGUGGGGGGAGGGGUGCGGCUUCUCCCCAGUUCCCAGGGAGUCUUGUUUGUUAAGCGGGGCCUUGGGCAGUGUUUUCCUGCUGAGGGUGGUUUUACAUUUUUUUUCCUCAUUGGCCCACAGAGAGUGGAGUUGGCCUAGCUCUGACGCGUCCCCUCUUUAUCCCCAAUGUGCCCCCUCCAUUAGGGGCUCCAGGUGGGCUCCAGCCGACACUUGCUCUCUGCCUCUGCUGACACGUGCACACACACACACAUGCACACACUGCUCCUCUCUGCCUGCUUUCCCCUGGAGUCCCAUGCCCUGCCCCAUCCAGACACUGCCCAAGGCCCACCCGUCUAUUUCCACCUCAUUCCCCCUUUAAGCUGAGAAUGGGGUCUGCCUAUAGAAGCUUCCAGAGACAGCUGAGACUGGGUCCCCGGUGCCUCCACCCUAGGAUCUCAGGCCUGCCCCAAACUGCUUCUUACAGCGUGGAGGUUUCUCUGAUUUCUCCCUUAUCUAGCAACACUUGGUUCUUUUGGCUAGUCAGGGCUGGGAUCCCAGGGGGAUCCACCUGCAGGAGUCAGAGGUAAAGAAGCAUCCACACGGAGGGUAGUGGAGAAGGAAGCCCACAUGGCAGAAGCUCUGCAAACACAGUCCGAGGGACUGAGGAGUCCAUACAAUGCCUCACACACAAAGGCCAUUGUCAAAGCCUCGGGCCUGGCAGAAAGUGAGGGGGGUGGGGCCACUAGGCCACCUCCUGCUCAGCCACCCCUGGUCCUCAUUCUGGGAUGAGGGGAGGGCCUGGGAGAAGCCCUCCCUUUCAGUGCAGAUUCCCUUCUUGAAUGGGACAUUGAGUUCCUAUCAGCCACCCCAGACUGGGUCUUCCCAUGUAUAUAAUGGAGGAAGACCCCUCCCAGCCCUCUCUCAGUCCCCCAGCUCAAAGUGCCUCAGUUCCUCCAUCUGCUCCCAGAUCCCCUGGCACUCUAGACAGGCAUGCCCAUGGGAAGGACCCUGGGAUGGAGAGGCAGGCUUCGCGGCCCUUCAUGCCUGCCCACUGGGAUUCCAGUUAACUCACCCCAGGGUGUCAGGGGCUCUGCAGGAUGGCAAGUGUUGGGGAGGAGGGAGGCAGACCACUCUGUGCCCCACGGGCACUGACCCACCCUGCCAUAGGCUUCCUAAGGGAGCCCCCCAACCCCUCCCCUCCCCUCCCUGGUGCUGCUAUUGAACCCCCAGCCAGCUCCAUUUCUGCCCCGGCAACCCUGGGCCCAGCAGGUGGGUCAUCGUUGUCUGGCCCUCACUGCCCUGGCCCCAGCCCAGGCUGCCCAGUAGCCACGUAGCAGAAGUCUGAAGCCAUGCCAGCCCUGGUGCGGCUCUCCCCUCUACACAUUUGGGGUACUGGAUAGGGUGAAGUUAGGGGAGAAAAUUGUGGAGUCUUUCCAGCCACAGGGCAGAGGGAGGUGGAGGAGCUGGGCUGCUUUUCCCAGCAGUAUUAGUGUCCCCCAGGACAGGGGACCUUUUCCACAUUACAUCACUGCCCCAUCCCACCUUACAACACUCUGGCCCCUCUGCUUGGUCCCCUUUUCCCCCAGGCAGGAGGCAAUCCCAGGGGCCUGCCUGAUAGAGGCAUUUCCUGUCCCUGUCUCCUCCUGCAUCUCCUUUAUCCUGCACUGCCACCCUCUAUUCCCCAUUCUGUGAUGGACUUUGAAGGCCCCAAGCCCAGCCAAAGCACUGAGUUCCCCCUCAAGACACCUCCACACCCUCCCCACAAGCAAAGCACAAAUUUUGGGGUCCAUGUAGCAUGGGCCACGUAGGAGGCUCCUGACUUGCCAGGGGCCCAGCCUCAGCAUACCCACCGAGCAGCUGCCAGCCUGGGCUGAGGGUGGGCAUGAGGCAGGGGUCAGCACUUGGACCUAGGGAUGUGAGGUUUUCUGUGCCCCAAGUUUGUGGGAAGGUGGGCACUACUGCUGGGCCCACAGACACAGCCAGCUGGCAAAAGGGAGGUCUAGCCCAGCAGAGAGAUGAGGACCUUUUGCUUCUCCUUCAUGCCCACAGCAUGAGCUGAGCUUCUGCUUUGCUGGAAAUGAAAUAAACUUGGUAUGAAUUGUGCCAAGGCCUCCCCAGUUGUCAUCCUGCCUCUUGUUGCCCUCCCUGUCCUUGCCCCCCACCCCACACCCAUGCCCCUGUUUCCUUACAGAUUUUGAUAUUGUUCUAAUGUGUAAUAGAACCAGCCGAGUCCCCUUUUAUCAGAAGGGUCUGAAAAGCAGCAGCACAGAGUAGGUGAACACAGGCCUGCAAGUGCGACCACCUCAGACCCAGUACGUGUGCCCACAGUGGACACACUCACACCUCCAACACACCCACGCGCAGGCAUGUGUACACGCAUGUACACACGCAUGCAUGCACAGCCAGAUGGCCACUCAGCACAGAUGUGGCAGAGGGAAUGGUCUGAUCCUGCUGAAAGCCGUUAAGGAGAAACGAAGAUUUCCCAGUGCCCGGGCUGCAAGAGAGCCUUAUAGGGGCCCUGUUUCCUGGGCAUGCGCUUCCUCUGCCAGCCAACCCCCACUUGCCCAAGUCACUGGUGCAAUAACUUUUCUGCCUUCCUCAGAGCAGAGAAAUUGGGAAUUGUGUUAGGUGGGUGUGGGCAGCUCUGCUGAGCCAAGCAGACAUGGGUGUCCCCUCUUCUGGGAGGAGGGGAGUGCUCCCAGGCCUCAGGAGUCCAGACAGAGACCCCCAAAGCCUGACUGCCAACAGAAACCCGCUCCUAGUGAGGGGCAGGUGGGUGCGCCCCAGGUCCCCACACCCACAGGGAGGCUUCACACACUGCCCAGUACCGGGGAUGCCAGGAGGCAGGCCCCUCUGCUGCGGCCCAGGUGGUGAGGGUGCCCAGGCCUCUGCUGCUGCCACUGCUGCCAACACUGCCCAGCUUGUGAGGCCAGGAGGAGCCCCUGUCCCACUCGGUGCUGCUGCUCUUCUGACCCCUGCUGUGAGGAAUGGGAUUCUUGGUCGAAAAAAUUGGUUUUCCUUUUUUGUAUAAACGAAAAGAAUCCAGGAGAAGCUGCCACCCUCCCCUCCCAGCGUGAUGCGCUACCUUGCUUCGGCGUCUUGUCGCCCUUUCCGCCUUUGGUCCAGGGACAGCCCAGCAGAUCCUCCUGGUUCUGACCUGGGGGGUGUUUGCAUCACCCCCUUUUACUUGUAUUAAAAAAAAUGAUGGGUUGAAAAUGUACUGAGGAUUAAAAAUGUACUUUUUUAUAAAUAAAGUGUUUAAAACAAA